AUGGGAAUGCGGGAGCCGGUAGCGGAGCAUGGCCUGGCGGGAGGUAGAUGUCGUAGCCCUCGAAUGCAGAAUGCCAGGAAAUCAAUGGUUCACGUCCGAUUCUUUUUCAGGAUGGAUUUGCAAACCCACGUCUUAAGCUCGGGUAAACCGCAGCACUGGCUUGGUUCUUUUGGGAACAAUGGCAAAAUGGAUCUGGAGAUCGUGCUCCCGAUUUUCCUGGCAGCGACGGUGAUCGCUCUGAGUCCGGAAUCGCCUGCGGUGGACGCGGGUCGAGACAUUUCCCAAGUGAACACGGAAAAUCUUGAAAAGUACUUCGAAGUCGUGAAACCGGACGAACCGCAGAGAUCCGAGGGCGACGGAUACACCUUCCGACCGUUACCGUUCAACAUCCCCUGGCCGGGACCCAUCAUCCCCAAACCUGCCAUCUUCCCCAACUGGGGUAUCAAGCCCACCAAGACCGUCUACGUUGAGGUUACGCAAAGGGAGACAAAGCAUCCGAUUUGCUGGACAUCUUAUGGUGCUAAGCCGGCCUGCAUCCCCUACUUCAACUACAAGUUAGACGAUGAACUCGCCAACUUCGAGCCGCUCAACCCGACCGCCGUUGGCCCCAACCCUGCUGGACACACGCCACUUCCCGUCUUAGAGCCGAACCGUUUCAAGCAGUUAAGCGGCCUGGAACCCGGGCUGAGCACGGAUAUGGGUCUCGCCCGAGAACACCAACUCGACACCAGCGAGGAGUCCGCAGAACGCGACGCCCGCUACGUCAAAUUCGGCACCCCGGCUAUCACCCCCGAUCUUCCUGAUGGCAAGCUCUACAUCGAGAAGCAACCCGGAACACCCGUCGAGUCGGACCACGAAUCCAAGCUCAUCGGCAUCUUCUCCGGCAACCUCAAGAAACCCGUCACGAAGACCAUUUCUAUCACCAAGGUCGAGACCUACGUCGACAACCGCGUCACCGCCACCCUCGUCGCCAAGAAUUGCGUCCCCAUCUCCACCAAAAUCCCCUACUGCCACGGCAAACCAGUUCUAAACCAAGACGCAAAACCCGCAACUCCAGAGGCGAAACCCACCCCUAAACCUGCACCGGCGCCCACACCCUCUCCCAAGCCGGCAAACGCCAUCAAACCAGGAGUGCCCCUCCCCGUCGUGGCCGACGGCAGCGCCAGCACCGGCUUCCACCCCUACGUCCCGAAGGACCCCGAGGACGAGGCAUGGCGCGGCUUCGUCACCGAUGAAUUCCAGUCCAAACAGCAGGAGAUCUACGACAACCUCGCCGACAAGCUCCGCGAAAGCAGUGGUCAUUUGAACCCACUCCAAUCUCUCCUCAUCCAUCAGGAAGGUUUCGCCGAAGGCAGCAUCCACUACCUCAUGCAGCUGGCCGCGCAGCAGGCGGCUUACCACGCGUACCUGGCGCACAGAUUCCACGAGUUCGCGGCGAACAAGUCGCUCGGACAUUCGGCGAACGCGCUCGCCGUGCAGCAAGCGGCGCUCGAGGCGGCGCACCACCACGCGGAGGCCGAACAGGCCGCUCAACAGAACGUAGCUCACAUCCUGGACAAGUACGGCGACAAGCACGGACUCAAGACCCGGCUUCAGCAGUUCUGGAACUGGAUCAAACCUGGACCGAUCAAGCCCAUCAUCGAGCAAUCUCAGGAGAGUUACCCCGACUCUGAACAUGCUGGCUCGGAGGAAGGACCUGUGGUUCACGCUCAGUUCAUUGAACCCACAACAAAACCCACCACUUCCAAACCCACCACAACUAAACCUAGCACGCCUAAGCCUAAGACACCUAAACCUAGUGUAAGUUCUGGAGAGCAUUCAGAUAAUAGCUCAGAAUCCGAGGAGGUAUCUGAGGCACAUACGAGCCACAAACACCAUGCUUUACACUCACACGUGAACUCUGUAUCCAGUGACCACAAGGGCACAAAACACCCAUCCAACACGAAGUACUCGCACGGUUUUUCAGCGCAAAAACCAGUCCACUAUCACACUGAACGGCCGUCCGUCGCUCAUGAUGACUCAGAAGAAGAUGAGGACAACGCAUUGGACGCCCCUGUGAAGAAACCGAACCAUGGAUCAAAGUAUGGAAAUAAAUAUGGUAAACCAAGCGUGGGAGAACACCAUUAUGAACACCAUGUAGAAGAUUCUCCGAUCAAAAAACCCUCUUACGUAUCUAAAUAUCCGGACAAGUAUAAUCAGCAUCACAGUAAACCGGCUGAAGACAGCAAUGAUUCUGCCGAGCAUGAUUCAGAAGAAACUCACUCUGAACACGGAGAAGAAGCUCAUGUUGGGAAACCAUCGCACGGAUCUAAAUAUCCAGACAAGCACGCACAUGAUCACGGACCAACUGCAGAUCAUGAGGAUUCUCAAUACGUCCAAGAGGAUAAUCGACCUCUACACCAUGCGCACGGCUCUCCCGUGAAAAAGCCCAGCUCUAAGUAUCCGAACAAGUAUCAUGAGUAUCACAGUAAACCAGCCGUAGCACAUGCAGGUCAUGAACACCACGAAGAGGAGUCUCCUGUGAAAAAACCUGAGCACGGGUCCAAAUAUCCAGAUAAGCAUCACGGAAAACCAUCCGUGCCACAUGCAGAUUCUGUACACUUUCCUGAGGAUGACCAUUCUGAACAUCAUGUAGACCACUCUCCUGUGAAGAAACCCAGCCAUGGUUCGAAGCACCCGGAAAGCUAUGUGCAACACCACGAAGAAACUGCGGUGCAUGGAAAACCAGAACACGGCGCGGUAGGCUCCCACUCUGAACAUCACUCGGAGAAUCACGGUUCUAAGCACCCUGUGAAACAUGAGGAACACGAAGACAUCCACCACGCCUCAGGGAAUGUUCAUGAACAUGAAUCUGAACAUCAUGGAGAAUCGGAGCCUCAUCAGAGCACUGAGAAUCAUGUUAAGCCACCUGUAAAGCAUGAGCACUCUGCUCAGCACCCUGAUCAUCAUGAGCAUUCAGGCGAUCAUUUAGGACAUGAUGAGACUAGUCAUACUGAGCCACCAAUUCCACCACAUCACUCUAUCAGUGGUAACACACAUUCUACUGAGCAUCAUUCUGAAGAAAAUCAUUCAGGUGCAUCGUCUGGGCAAGACCUUGAGGUGCCACUAAUUCUUGGGUCUCAUGAUGAAUCCUCUGACCAUCACGAGCAUGAAGAGCACCACAAGCACCCGGAACACCCCGCUAAACCAGUUGAACAUGAGCACCCAACUGAGCAUUCAGAACAUCAUGCGCAUCCUGAACAUGAGCACUCAGAACACCAUGAAAAGCCUUCAGUGAAACCUGAACAUCACAAAGAAUCAGAAAAUCAUGGAAAACCGGUCGUCAAGCCUGAUCAUGCUGAUCACGCGACCGAGCAUCAUGAGCCUUCGAAACAUCAGGCUAAACCUGUUCAUUCGUACGUUCUGUCCCAUCACGAGCAUCCUGAACAUCAUGAAAAGCCAGCAGCUGAGUCGGUUCAUCUACCAGAAAAGCAUGAACAUUCUGAGUAUCACGAUAAGCCUGGACACCACGACAAGCCUGAUGCGCUGCACCAUGAGAAUUCUCACCCAGAACAUUCAGAGACCUCAGCUACUAAACCAGAGCACUCUGAGCAUUCUGCAGCGCCUUCUCAUCAUGAGAACUCAGAACAUCACGAACAUUCAUCGGCAGCUCAUGAUCACUCCUCCGAGAGCUCAGAGCAUCAUAAACCCGAUAAACAUGAAGAAAAACCUACGCAUGGCACUCCACCAUCCCAUCACGAGCACCCUGAACAUUCCGAAGAACACAAAGAGCCGUUGGUGAAGCCUGAGGAUUCCACGCCUUACCCUGAGCCUAACCCAGAACAUCCAGCAUUGGCGUCGGAGCAUCAACACUCUGAGCAUCAUGAGCAUCAUGAGCAUCAUCAGAAACCUGCUGUUAAACCAGAGCACGAAGAACACAACGUUGAUCAUCACGAAAAACCCGUCAGUCAUCCUGGGCACGUAGAUGAACAUCACAAGAAACCCACAGCCAAACCGGAGCACGUAGAACACCACGAUGAGCACCAUGAACACCACGUUGAUCAUCACGAAAAACCCGUCAGUCAUCCUGGGCACGUAGAUGAACAUCACGGUGAACAUCACAAGAAACCCACAGCCAAACCGGAGCACGUGGAACACCACGAUGAGCAUCAUGAACACCACGUUGAUCAUAAUGAAAAACCCGCCGGUCAUCCAGAGCACGUAGAUGAACAUCACAGUGAACAUCACAAAAAACCCACAGCCAAACCGGAGCACGUGGAACACCACGAUGAGCAUCAUGAACACCACGUUGAUCAUCACGAAAAACCCGCCAGUCAUCCAGAGCACGUAGAUGAACCUCACCAAAAACCCACAGCCAAACCGGAGCACGUAGAACACCACGAUGAGCAUCACGAAAAACCUGCAGUCAAUCCAGAGCACGUAGAUGAACAUCACAGUGAACACCACAAAAAACCCUCAGCCAAACCGGAGCACGUAGAACACCACGAUGACCACCAUGGAAAACCUGCAGUCAAACCGGAGCAUGUAGAACAUCACGAUGAGCAUCACGAAAAGCCCACUGUGAAACCAGGACACUCAGAACACCACGAUGAACAUCCUGAAAAACCAUACCACCACGAAGAAAAACCUGAGGUACACACUGCGUCCGUUACUCAGCAUUCUGCACAUCACGCGGAUCAACAUGAACACUCGGUUCACAAUGAAAAACCAUCAGAAGCUCAUGAACAUGUAAAUCAUGACGUGCACGAUAGUCCCACGCAGAAACCUGAACACCAUGCUGAACACCAUGGUGAACAUCCUGCGGAACAUGAUCAAGUAGAGCACCACGAGGAGCAUCACUCGGAGUCUCCUCACAAAGAAAACGCAACUCACCAUAAAGAGCCCUCCGAAUAUCAUGAGCAUCAUUCGGAGCAUCAUGAGUCCCAGUCGGAGUCCUCCGGGUCGCAUUCAGAGCCAGAGCUCAUCGAAGAGGAUGAGCAUGAUAGUAAUUUAGUCAAAGUUAAGCCGAGUGAGAAGGUUAAUGAAAAACCGGCGGCCCCAAAGUUACUUGAACCAAAGGCACGGAGUAGAUGGGUAGAUUCUCUUUCCAGUUUGUUUGCGGAAUUUCAGUGAAGAGCCUGCCCGUGAAAGAGCAAUCUGAAGUUAAAUACAAGUGCUUCUGAAUGUUUUAUUUCAAUGGGUGGAUGAGUUCGAACUUUCCAAUUUAUCGAUUUGAACCUUUUUUAAAAGCAUUUGUAUUAUUCGUUAAAGAUUGUUUUCCAGUGAUAUGUCUGAAGACAAUGGCACCUCUGUGCUCUUAGCUUUUUUAUGCUUCACUUUUUCUCGCUAAAAAAAAGAGGAAGAAGCAGCCUUUAAGCGCUAACAUUUCGAUUUUCUAACAUUAAGUUAUAAGGAUGCUUUUUUUGUCCCAAAUAACGAGGAUAAAAUCAUAAUUUUGCACUUAAUAUGAAAGGAUAAGACUUUUUUCGUCCUUUCAAAUAAGUGGAUCAAAAAGUGGAUCCGCAAUUUGUCUCGCAAAGAGCUUCUUUAAAUACUCAUAAUUUUGAGAAUCUCAUAUGAUUAUUGAUCUACCGCUCAACUUUGUAAUUAAUAAUUGGGCCAAAAGUUUGUAAU